AUGGCGGAGUCUGCAGAGUCUCCCGAUACACCUCCGCGUUCAGCUCAGUCUGAGCGCCCGGCAAGCGCGCGGCAUACCCCCCCAGCGGUGGCUGUUCUUCGCGCGUCCUCGUCAGAGGCCACGCGUCUAGGCAGUCCACCAGCUGGUCGCGCGGAGGAAACUGCGCCGGGACUUCCGACCGCGUCGCUCGGCCCGCUGGACAAGGAAGUCUACGAGUACAUCCCCGACCCUGCUCUCUCGCUCGCUCCUCAAAACUCGCAGACUGAAGAGCUCUCCCGGUCCACCUCCCGCGCCUUCCGCGGGAGACGGAACGACGUCGACGACGACAGCAUCGAGCCGAGCGUCGCGUUCGAGACGUUCCGAGGGAAAACCUACAAAACAACUCAGUUCAAUCAGGGAUUCGCCAAACAGCCUGCCGCGAACGCGCGCAAGACGCGCGCAUUCCGCGACUACGACGCCUCCCCUGAGGUCGAAGUCACGCGCGUCGGCUCGAAAGGACCCGGCGAUGGCGUCAAGCAACUCGAAUCGAUGUCGAUUUUUGAGCUGGGGAACACGUGCUUCGAGACGCCUCUGGGGCGGCUGCAGCGCCUGCGCAUGGAAGUGGAGGAGAUGCUGGACUUUGUUUCUUCGUUCAUUGUCAGAGAAAACGUGGACGAGGCUAGCCUCGAGGACACAGAGAAGACAACCGACGGCGGCGCUGCGGGCUCUGGGUCGCGGACGAUGUACACGCAGAAAAUCCUGACGCCUGAGGAGAAGCAAACGCUGCUAUUCGGUCGAGAUCCGCUGUCACUCAUGGGCGAACUCGACUGCUUGCGCAUGCAGAUUCUGAGCGUGAUGAACGACCCGUCCCUGCAGCGUCUCUUUGCGGGGGUAGAGCCGACUACCGGGAAGAAGAGCGGCACACAGUUGCUGCUCCAACACCUCACGCAAGUCAAGUUGAAUCUGACGAGUGUCGCGGGGGCGUGCUCGAAGAGUGAAGAAGAGAAGCAGCCAGAGAAAAACGCGAACGGCGAGGCGCAUGCGCUGCCUGCGGGCACGUCGACCGCGCCCAGCGCGGGGAGCGCCUCUGGCGAAGGCACGGUUUCGACGCAGUACGACAUUUACUGUGUCCCUUCGCUGCGGCCGUUGCUCGACAGCGGCAGAGUGGCGACUUUGGAGAGGCGUUUGGCGCAGGUUGAGGGUCGGAUCGGCAUGAGCAACAUCAGCCUGUUGCCGUUUGCAGAUCUUCAACAAGCUGUCUCGAGCAUUUCUCAGAAGAUUUCCCUGUUGGACCAGAACAAAGUGGAACAGCUUCACAAGCGCACGCAAAGCUUGUUGCACGAACUGCAUGCGCUCCAGCACCGGCGUCGGGAGAUCGACCUGGCGAGUUCUCAGACGAGCGGGAGAGUUUCAGAAGGGCGUUCGGGCCAGGACGGCGAAGAGCGCGAGUCUGCGCUGGCCACGCGAAACAGCCACAGAGACGAUCAGCGAGUAGAAGAAAUGUUUGAUCUGUGCGAGAGGUGGAAGGGUACAGCCGCAGCGCUGCCGUCCGUUGUGGAGAGGCUCCAGGCUCUAAAGGCCCUUCACCAAGAAGCGGGCGGGCUGUCCGUGCGGCUCGGAGUUUUGGAGGAGCAACAAGGCGAGCUGCAAGCGAUGCUGGCUGCGGCCGAAGAGAACGUGGAGAACCUGCAACACACUGUCCUGGAGACUGUCUCCUGGGCCCGCAACACGGUCGAGGCGCUUCAGUGGCGCCUGCAGCGGCUCGGGUUCGCCGACGAGAAGAACAUCGCUGGGAAAAGUGAGAAAUCUGAGGCCCCGUGA